AAGAGGAUAAGGGACAAAUAUCUCAAGAGAAAAUCUGGUUAGAUAAAGAACACAUAGUACGUUUUUAUCUAGGUUUUAAAAACGCAAUUGAAGCAUGAUCCAGGAGGUAGCAGUAAUACAACACUUUGGAGUCAAACUGCCGUUAUAAACUAAAGAAGAAGAACUAAAUGGAUCUUAAGACACAAAUCAGCUGACAAGCUGAUAAGACUUCUGGAGACGAUGCGCUCAUAAAGGCAGGAAGCGAAUAUUCUGUGUUUUUAUCUGUUCAGAAUGAGCAUCAACAGCAGCGAACAGGCGGAUGUUUAUACCAGGCUCUCUGGAAGAGACUCCUCUGUUAGCGAGAACACUCCUCUGUUGGGAAAUGGAUCGGUGCAGACCAGAGCCACUGGAGCCUCAAUCGCCUCCUGUGUGUUCAACCUGAUGAACGCCAUCAUGGGCAGCGGGAUUCUGGGCCUGGCUUAUGCCAUGGCCAGCACAGGGAUAGUUGGGUUUAGCAUCUUGUUAGUACUGGUGUCCAGCCUUGCAUUAUAUUCCAUCCAUUUGCUUCUGACGCUUUGUGACCAAACAGGUAUCAACUCGUAUGAGGAACUUGGAGAAAAAGCCUUGAAAAAACCAGGAAAGAUUUUGGUCGGUUUAGCGAUUGUCAUCCAAAAUAUCGGCGCCAUGUCGUCCUACUUGUUCAUCUUGAAGUCGGAGCUUCCUGCAGCCAUCAGCAGCCUCCUGAGCGCAGGAAACACCGGACAUGUCUGGUAUGAAGAUGGCAGGCUACUUCUCAUCAUCGUCACACUUUGUGUCGUCGUGCCUUUAGCAAUGUCCCCAAAAAUCGGAUUCCUGGGUUGGACCAGCAGCCUUGCCUUCAUCUUCAUGUUGUAUUUUACAGUUGUGGUUGUGGUGAAGAAAUGGUCUAUUCCAUGUCCGCUGCCUUACAACAUGACAACACUCUCAAACUUUACGAAGGUAUCAAACUCAACUGACUCAGAAUGUACACCUAAACUCUUCAUCCUCUCCAUAAAGAGUGCCUACGCCAUCCCUACUAUGGCCUUCUCCUUUCUGUGCCACACCGCCAUCCUGCCCAUCUACUGCGAACUGGAGCGACCAACCAAAACCCGAAUGCAGAACGUUGCGAACAUCAGCAUCAGUUUCAGCUUCCUGCUCUACUUCAUUUCUGCUCUGUUUGGGUACCUCACCUUCUAUAGUCAUGUACAAUCUGAGCUGCUGCUCGGCUACGGCGUGUACCGGCCGCACGACAGAAUGGUGAUCACGGUCCGGGUGGCCAUCCUUCUCUCUGUGCUGCUGACGGUGCCGCUCAUACACUUCCCUGCCCGUAAGGCUGUGAUCGUGAUGCUGUUCGGAGGACGCCGCUUCUCCUGGCUGACCCACAUCGUCUCCACGCUGAUCAUCCUGGGUGUGGUGCUGAUGCUGGCCAUCGUCGUGCCUGAUAUCAGGAAUGUGUUUGGAGUCGUUGGCUCAACGAUGUCCAGCUGCCUGCUGUUUGUUUUUCCAGGAAUCUUCUACCUUAAAAUCAGCAGCCAGCCAAUCAAAUCCUUCGACUCCAUCGGGGCCAUACUUCUGGUGGUUUUUGGGUUGAUAAUGGGUGUCACCAGUCUCACUGUUAUCAUUCUGUCGUGGGUGUUGAGCUCUUGAUCCGAAUCCAAGCCAGAAAGGGAAAAGUGAACCAAAGAAACUGAAUCAUGAAAGGGACCAGCAUCACCUCAGGGACUUUUUAUGAUGACACUAAAAUGUUUAUACAGCUUUCAAAUUAUGAGAAAGUUUUUCUACAUAUUGACUUUUACAUUUUUUUAUUUUUGUGGAUGAUUUUACUGUUUUGAUUUUGCACUUUAUUAUCCUUUUAAACUUCCCUGGAAGCCUUAAUGAUUCUUGUCCUAACUUGAUGUAUUUCUGCUCUGUUUUGAGCACUAAAUUAAGGGAAAAUUGUUUACGUAAUGAAACCCGGGUUUGCUUGUUUAACCACUAAAAUGUCUUCAUCAGUACGUCUAAGACUCAUCUGUGUAAACAUGUGUUUGAUUGGCAGCAGCGGUUAUGAUGCUGAGAGCCACGCUCUUCUGCGGUUCGGCUUUCUGCUAAUGAAAGCCACACGCUCCGCACGUUUCCAUUCGCUGUUACACUGUUUAGUUCGUCUUUAAGUCGCCUCUCAAACACUCAGACUACUAGUCGGCUUUCUGCUUUAAAGAAGAGCCACUUCAAUCAGCCUCCUCAUUAAAUAAAAUGCAAUAAAUAACCAUAAACAAACUACAGAUGACAACAGUUGACAGUUGUGCAAUUAAACACAGCUAAACUCCACAACAUUAAUCAUAACAGUUUAAAAAACACACACAAAACAUAAAAUCACACAUUUUCAACCUAAAUAUAAAAUGUAUGUUAAAAUAUAAUACUUGUAAUAAGGAAACAGUUACAGAAAAAGGGGGAGGAUCUCUCAGUUACUUUAGGAGGAACGUGUCUAACCAUUAGUAACCAUGGAAACGGUGUAGGGGGAAAAAACGGCUAUUGUUUCGUCUUCUGUACGUUUUUAAAGCUGCUCCAGUGUAAAGGGAACCGUAGAGAUUUAAAUCAUGUGGUGUGAAUUCAGACAAAGUGGUAAUUGGAUCAACACGUCAGAACGGAGGAGGUUUGGGUCGGUUUCUAUCACGCUUCUGUAAAUACCGUCGUUGUCUGUGAGACCCAACCAGAUGAGUUACACUCAGAGAAAUUAGCUCGACUCGAACAAGUAGAAGCCAUGAAUAAACUGACAAAAACAACUUCAGUUGCUCUGGUCAAUACUCCGAUCUUCAUUUCCGACGUCCAUCGACAACGACUGAGUGACGUAGUGGCAAACGGUUAAUAUGCUAAUAAAUGUCUGGAGAAAAAUUAGUUCACUAAACUAAAUGGAUUUGAAGAACAAAUAAAACAUUUUUGACAAACUUCACAUGUGUAAUAUAAACAAAAUGGAACCAUAAUAAAUGGCUUCUGAAUCUUUUUCCACCUACAAUGUGACCUUUGACUGAGCAUCUUUAGACGUCUUGUGUCUAUAUACUAAAUUAGUUAGGGUAUUUAAAAUUAAGAGCUUACAGUUUCUUAAAUUUGAUAGAUAAAAGAAAGAUGCCCUUAAAUACUUUAAUCGCAGAUCUCAAAUUUUGUGAUGGCACAAACAUUUUAUUUCAUAUAGUAGUUUAUUUUUCUCCUGGGACAUUUUUUGUAAGGAAAUUUGAGUCGCAGGCAGAUGACAUCAUUGCGUUCUGUGACUUCAGGCGCUGAAGCUACCACUUACUAGCUGCUAACUAACCUUGCUUAGCCAGCUUUAAUUAUGAUUUUUUUUUAAGUAUUGUCAGUUGGUUGGGAAAUGUUGGUCUUUGCCACUGGGUCUCUUCUGUUGCCAAAAUAUCAACUGCUAUAUUCAUUCUGUGCAAAAAAAAAAAAAAAAAAAAAAGGCAUUAC